AUGGAAGACCAAACCCCGCAAAACCCCGAGCUUCACCGCCGCAAUAAUUAUUCCAUCCGGCGAAAGCCACUUCACGACGAAAAUGCGAAAACCUCCGGUAGUGAAGAAGAGAACCAGUCGCCCGCCCCGGAGUCGCCCGCCCCGGCUCCGAAAGAAGAUAGCGAGCCCUCCACGCGGCAAGGCACGGGAAUCCAAGCCAUUAUAAAGUCAAUAUGGACGUUCCUCAACUUCCCUGUUGUGGCGAACGCUUUCUCCGCAUUCAUACUCAUACAAUGCACCAUUGCCAUUAUGGAGAAAAGACAGGCGGCAAGAAACGCAGACAAGGACAGAGAUUAUAUGGCUCUACUAGUGGUGGUCAACAAGUUCACGAACCAAGUGAACUAUCUUACCGAGAAGGUGGAGGCGAUGGCUCAGAACCUUGAAUAA